UACAGCCAAACACUUUAACUGCACUGCUCAUUAAUUCAAAGAAAGUAAGAAACAAACGUAGCAAACACAAACACGAGAGUGUGAGGCAAUGGCUACUCCAAGUGCAUGGUGGGACAACUGGGUUGAAGAGGCACUUGCAACCCUCGACUCCCUCAACGUCCUUCGAUCUCUAAGACCCAUUUGCCUACGGAAGGGGAAUCACCGAAUGAUUCCCUUUGAAGCUGUGCUUCAAAACGUGCCAGACCCUCCAAAGUUUAGGGAAGACAGAGGUGCAUUCGAGGUGUUCGAUGAAAUGCAGCAAUGGGACAGGGCCUCUGUGGAGGUGGAGAUUGGAGAAGCCACGUUCCUCAGAUGGAUGCAUGACACUCCAAGUUCUGGUGAUGAGAUUGGUUAUAACACAGCUGCUGGUGAUGAUGGAUUUGGGGUAUACAAUGAGAAGUUUAAAAAGUUAAUUUUGUUUUCUGGAAAUGACUAUCUUGGUUUGAGUUCCCAUCCGGCUAUUGGAAGGGCUGCCGCAAAGGCAGCACAAGAACAUGGAAUGGGACCAAGGGGAUCUGCCCUUAUUUGUGGAUAUACCAAUUAUCAUAGGCUGCUUGAGUCAAGCUUGGCAGAUAUGAAGAAGAAAGAGGAUUGCCUUCUUUGUCCCACAGGGUUUGCUGCCAAUAUGGCCUUGAUGACAACAAUAGGAAGUAUUGGUUCUCUCUUAGCUGGAAAAAAUGUGACUGCCGAGGAUGAAAAGAUUGCCGUCUUUUCCGAUGCACUAAACCAUGCAUCAAUAAUUGAUGGUCUUCAUCUUGCUCAGCGGCAAAAAAGUGUAAAGGUGUUCGUAUAUAGGCAUUGUGAUAUGUCCCACCUCAAUAUGCUCUUAACACAUUGUAGAAUGAGAAGAAAAGUUGUUGUAACUGACAGCUUGUUCAGCAUGGAUGGUGACUACGCACCACUAGUGGAGCUUGCAGACCUUCGCAAGAAGCAUGGAUUUUUGUUAGUCAUUGAUGAUGCUCAUGGAACAUUUGUUUGUGGCAAAAAUGGCGGUGGCGUUGCUGAGGAAUUCGGCUGUGAAAAGGAUGUAGACAUAUGCGUUGGUACUCUAAGUAAAGCUGCAGGUUGUCAUGGAGGAUUUAUAGCAUGCAGUAAAAGGUGGAAACUGCUAAUACAAUCACGAGGUCGUUCUUUUAUAUUUUCAACCGCUACACCAGUUCCUGUUGCAGCUGCUGCACAUGCUGCUGUUGCGGUUGCAAAACACGAGGGAUGGCGUCGAAAGGCUAUAUGGAACAGGGUGAAAGACUUUCAUUUGCUGACAGGAAUCCCAGUUACAAGUCCCAUUAUAUCGCUAAUUGUAGGAAGCGAAGACAAAGCACUACAAGCAAGCCGGUAUUUGUUGCAAUCUGGAUUCCAUGUCACUGCUAUCAGACCACCAACUGUGCCUCCUAACUCAUGCAGGCUAAGGGUAGCUCUGAGCGCAGUGCAUACAAGAGAAGAUCUGGAAAACCUUGCAGCUGCACUCUCUCGCUGCAUUGAUUUCCAAGAAACCCGCAUAUACAACUGCAAUAGUUAUGCAAGAUUGUAGUUAUUGAAUUCAAUUCCAUACUGCCACUAUUCCUCAAAUAAGUAAACCAUUAAUCAGUUUCUGUAUUAGUGUAAGUAAAUAAGUACUUACUCCAGUGCCUCACGGGGUCUAAUAUAUAUAUAUAUGUAUUUUAUAUAAUGAUUUAUUUACUUGAAUAGUAAGUAUAAUUUUCUUUAAAGUUAACAAACAAUCAAGUA